ACAACGAGAUUACCAGCCCUCCGGAUUUCCAGAUCCCGAUUCUCGUCCUUCCUUCUUUGUUUUCUUACUUCUGUAAACAUUAAAUCUCGAUAUCGAAUUCGAUUGUCUCUCUAAUGGCUACGGAGGAACCAACUGUAGCGGUUGAGCCGGCACCAGCGGCCGUCGAGGAGAAGCCCGCGGAGGAGAAACCUGCCUCCAAAUCUAGCAAGAGCAAGAAGGCCAAAGAGCCCAAGGCUAAGAAGCCAGCAGCUGCAAAGAAGCCUCGAUCACCUCCUUCUCAUCCUCCCUAUGAGGAGAUGAUUAAGGAUGCGAUUGUAACUCUGAAGGACAAGACUGGUUCGAGUCAAUAUGCUAUUACGAAGUUCAUCGAGGAGAGGCAAAGGCAUCUGCCGGCGAACUUUAAGAAGCUGCUGCUAUUUCAUUUGAAGAAGCUUGUUGCAGCUGGGAAGUUGGUUAAGGUCAAAAGCUCGUUUAAGCUUCCGUCGGCUAGGUCUUCUGUGGCUCCAAAGCCUGUGCCUGCUCCUGCUAAGAAGAAGCCGGUUGCUGCUGCUGCUAAAUCUAAGUCAAAAGCUACCGGAAAGUCCAAGGAUGCCAAGACAAAGCCCAAGACGGUGGCUAAAGCUCCUGCCAAGGCCAAGGCUCCUGCCAAGGCAAAGCCCAAGGCAGCCCCUGCCAAACCAAAGGCUGCUGCGAAAGCAAAGCCUGCUGCGGCAAAACCUAAAGCUACCGCAACUGGGAAGAAGACUGCUACGACCAAAUCGAAGCCUGUUGCCAAACCCAAGCCCAAGGAAAAGCCGGCCAAGGCUGCCAGGACAUCGGCGAGAACAUCUCCCGGGAAGAGGAUGGCGGCGGCUCCCAAGCCCAAGCCUGCUCCAAAAAAAGCUCCGGCUAAGACCGUAAAGCCCAAGAGCGUCAAGUCGCCCGCCAAAAAGGCGACGUCAAAGAGAGGAAAGAAAUGAGAUAUAAGUGAGAUAGGAAAGGUAUAGUGUUUGUAGGGGUUAGGCUUGUAAAUUCGGGUGAAGUAAAGUGGGUGUGUAUGGAUCAUGUAUGCCCAUGAAAAUAUGACAUCGGCUUCUAAUCUUUUCUUCAAUUCUUUUUAGCUUUUCUGAGUUUAUUUUUUGUUCAAAUUUUCCUUAGAUGUAAUUUCGGUUAAUUGCAAUUCUUAUUAGAUGUCUUCAUCUUGGUUGUGUUCGAACUUGGAAGAAUUUCUCUUCACCUCCAAAUUUCUGGGGAAAUUAAUUGAAUGAAAUGCUAUGAGUUGGGGAUUUGUUUGUACUCAACUAGUGGCGGUGUCGUGAGUUACGGGGGAAGGGGAGGUGGAGACGCUACCGAGGUUGCGUGAGUUGAUGAAGGUGCAGCAGGGCAGUGUGCCACGGGGUGGUUUCAAGUUUCAACUCCUCUGUAAAUGGUGAUUGGAGAAUGGAAGGCUUUACAUUAUUAGCUUCCAAACACUGGCUGGAAAGUUGAACUGACACUUCAGUGAUUCACCUUUGGUAUCAUUUAUUCAAGAUUGUUAGAGAAAGUAGUGUUGUACUUGAAAAUUCUUUUGUUUGUUUCAUUUGUUUUGAAGAAUAUCAUAAAUAUAGCAUCAAAUCUGCAGACUAGAAGUUUUUCUUUUAGUGGCAAUGUAUGAGUACCAUUUCCUUUCUACUUCUGUAUAUGAGAUGUGCCUUUGUGUUUGAGAGCUGUGAGAAAGAAAUAAACACCGUCUGAAAGAAAUGAAUUCUAAACAUGUGAUGAGUAUAAAAUUGUUGUUAUGAC